CGUCGCGACUUCCGGCGCGGGGCGGAAGCGGCGCGCGGCGAUGGCGUCAGCGGCGGCGCGCGGGCGGCGGCGGCCGGGCCGGGCAUGAGCGCGGCGGAGCGGGGCCGCGGCCGCGGCCGGGGUCGGGGCCGGGGGCCGGGGCCGGGCCCGGGCGCGGCGCCGCCGCCCGCCGAGGACGAGGAGGCGGAGGAGGAGGCGGAGGCCGGGGCGGGCGGCGGGCGCAAGGCGCGCGGGCGGCCGCGGCUGACCGAGUCGGACCGGGCGCGGCGGCGGCUCGAGUCCCGCAAGAAGUACGACGUGCGGCGCGUCUACCUGGGCGAGGCGCACGGGCCCUGGGUCGACCUGCGCCGCCGCAGCGGCUGGAGCGACGCCAAGCUGGCGGCCUACCUGCUGGGGCUGGAGCGCGGGCAGCGCGCCGGGCGCCGCGGGAAGCCCUGGGAGCAGAUCCCCAAAAAGCCCAAACGCAAGAAAAGGCGGCGGCGCAACGUGAACUGCCUGAAGAACGCGGUGAUCUGGUACGAGGACCACGGGCACCGGUGCCCCUACGAGCCGCAGCUGGCGGAGCUGGACCCGGCCGUGGGGCUCUACACCACGGCCGUGUGGCAGUGCGAGGCCGGCCACCGCUACUUCCAGGACCUGCACGCGCCCCUGCGGCCCCUCAGCGACUCCGACUCCGACAGCGACGCAGGGCUGGGCGACGGCGGCAGCUCGGCCUCCUCGGACGGCGCCCCGGAGGCAGCGGCGGGGGGGGGGUCGCCGGCCCCGGGGGGGUCGCCGGCGGCGGGGGGGGCGGCCGGGGGGGGGGGCGCGGCGCUGCUGUGCCUGCCGGUGCCGGUGCCGGUGGCGGUGCGGGCCGGGGGGGCGGCGCUGCCGGGGCUGCUCCAGGGCCCCCCCCUGCUCAUCGUGGCCGGAGCCGCCUACGAGGGCCUGGGCCCCGACGGGCUGCAGCUGCCCCUGGAGCUCGGCCCCCCCCCGCCGGGCCCCCCCGGGCCCCCCCCCGCCGCCCCCCCGCCGGACCCCGCCAGCCCCCCCUGCGCCAAGACAGAGCAGGACGGGGCCUUGGGGCUGAAGGAGGAGGAGCCGCCCCCCCCCGCGGCCAUCGGCGCCCCCCCGGAGCCGGCGGCCCCCCCCCCCGAGGAGGCUGACGGCGGCGGCAUGUCGGCCAUCAUCUACGAGAUCCCCAAGGAGCCCGAGCGACGCCGCCGCAGCAAGCGGGGCCGCGGGCCCGACGCCGACGGCCUCCUGGAGAUGUUCCACUGCCCCUACGAGGGCUGCGGCCAGGUCUACGUGGCCCUCAGCAGCUUCCAGAACCACGUCAACCUCGUGCACCGCAAGGGCAAGACCAAAGCGUGCCCCCACCCCGGCUGCGGCAAGAAGUUUUACCUCUCCAACCACCUCCGGCGCCACAUGAUCAUCCACUCGGGCGUCCGCGAGUUCACGUGCGAGACGUGCGGGAAGUCCUUCAAGCGCAAGAACCACCUCGAGGUGCACCGGCGGACCCACACCGGCGAGACCCCCCUCCAGUGCGAGGUGUGCGGGUACCGGUGCCGGCAGCGCGCCUCGCUCACGUGGCACAUGCAGAAGCACGGGGCGCCGGCCCGCUACCGCUUCCCCUGCGAGCGCUGCGGCAAGCGCUUCGAGCGCCUCGACAGCGUCAAGUUCCACGCCCUCAAGAGCCACCCCGAGCCCCGCGGCACCUGACCGGCCCCCCGGGACCCCCCCGGCCCUACGGGACCCCCCCGGCACCCAUGGGACCCCCAGGACCCCCCCCCCCGCGGCGAGCGCUUCGAGCGCCUCGACAGCGUCAAGUUCCACGCCCUCAAGAGCCACCCCGAGCCCCGCGGCACCUGACCGGCCCCCCGGGACCCCCCCGGCCCCGCGGCACCCCCCCAGCACCCAUGGGACCCCCAGGACCCCCCCCCGUGGCGAGCGCUUCGAGCGCCUCGACAGCGUCAAGUUCCACGCGCUCAAGAGCCACCCCGAGCCCCGCGGCACCUGACCGGCCCCCCCGGGACCCCCCCGGCCCCGCGGCACCCCCCCGGCACCCAUGGGACCCCCAGGACCCCCACCCGCAGCGAGCGCUUCGAGCGCCUCGACAGCGUCAAGUACCACGCCCUCAAGAGCCCCCCGAGCCCCGCGGCACCUGACCGGCCCCCCGGG